AAGUCCGAUAUUUUCAAUCCUGCCUUCGAGAAUUUUCUAUUCGAUUUUCAAGCACAAUUUACAUUUUCUACAUACUCACACUCAACUAGUGCGAUUUCUAUAAAUUCCAAAUCUUUAUUAGAUUAUUAAUUUAAUUAAAAAUGGCAUCUGUAGCUACGAAAUUUCGUCCUCUGUUCGACAGGGUGUUGGUGAAAAAGUUGGAAGCGCUUAAACAAAGUAAAGGUGGUAUUAUGUUACCUGAAAACGCUUCCAAAAAGAUUUUAGAAGGAACUGUUGUUGCAGUUGGACCUGGCGGUAGAAAUCCGGAAGGUUCUUUUGUGCCAGUAGACCUCAAAGUAGGCGAUCGUGUUUUAUUACCUGAAUAUGGUGGUACCAAAAUUCAGCUGGACGAAGACGACACAUAUACCAUUUACAAAGAAUCAGAUUUAUUGGCCAAGAUAGAAUAAUAAUUUAAAGAGAUUUAAAUUAUAACUUGAACCGUGACUGAUUACUUUAGUAGGAAAUAGUUGUUCUAAUCACACAUUGGUAAUAUUUAUAUGUUGAACAUUUCCUUUUUUUUUUUAUUAUUAUUCCAGUGGAGUCUUAAAGCAUUAUAUUAUGUGUUGCUUAUAAAUUG